UGAAAAACUACAGCAUAAGAUAAUUUUGACUUAUCUUGGUGGUGAUAUUAUUUUACCAAACCUGAAAACAACCUUUAUGUGGGUAUAUUGGGGUGCCUGUGUCUUGUGAUACGCGUUCGUUUGCAGUAAUGCAUCACGUGUGAGAAAGCUCUGCUGUGAUUGGCUUAGACUGRUUUAAACUGUUGUGGAGGGAAAAAACGAAUCGGCUUUUGAUAUUGAGUGUGAGUUUGUUCGUAUGAAGCCUAAAAAAGGGUGUUUAAGCUCGAUCUAAACUAAAUUAUUUUCCUCUUGUUGCUCGAUUGAGACAAGAGAAGAUGUCUGUGGCAGCUUUGGUUGGUAGUUUUGAUGAUAUUGUCCGUUCAGCGUCAGUCUUAACCGAAGGAAUUGAAGGAGAGUUUCUUAAAUUUGUAAUUCAACAAGAAGAAUGUCGAAAAAAAUGGCUAGAGACCGAAUCAAAUUGUGUCAAACUGAAACAAGAAAUAGCAAAGUUGAAGGCGAAAAAUGAAGCCUUGGAUGUCAAGCUUAAGCAUGCCCGUAACCAAAUAGAGAUUGAAAUCAAAAGGCGUAUGAAGGCUGAGGCAGCACAAGAUCACUUGGAGCGGCAAGUUGCAUUGAUAAGAGAACUGUUAAUUGACAAAGACACCAUGAGUCGUCUUAAUGAAAAUGAGCGACAGACUCUGAUGCAGUCAAUACAAGUUAGUCACAUGCAGGCAGACGAUGUGCGCAGCCCAAGAAAGAGACCUUAUGGUAUUGAUCAGUCAUCAGCUUCCAUUCUUUCACCSUCUGACAUAAGUUAUGACACAACAGCUGAUGAUCUUGAUGAACCUGAUCAUCYAAACACUCCUAACAUCUAUCCUCAAAAUGAACCAAGUGCUCCACGCGUUGAUGAUCUCUCGGAAACUCCUCCAAAGAAGAUCAGGACAUCCAUUGAUCAUGUGGUAAAGGAAACAGUUAUUGCUGCUACCAAAGUUACAGUUAGUCCUGAUGGACCAGUCAAGGUCUCUGCCUAUGUCAAUCCUGUCAGCAGCCCCAGAAAGACUGUGCGACCUGAAGAUAUCAAAGAUGAAGGACUUCCAAAGUCAAACUUGUACCCUAAAUUACCAACAAGAACYCCUACAUUAAGAUCUGCAGGUGCAAAUACAUUGAGAACAGGAAAAAGGAAAAAGUCUCAUGUUUUCUGCUCAAAGACUGUCAUUUAUCCAGAAACAUGUCAACCAUGUGGAAAAAGAAUAAAAUUUGGGAAGUUGGCUCUCAAGUGUAAAGAUUGUAGAGCAGUAUGCCAUCCAGAAUGUAAAGAUGUUGUUCCAUUGCCAUGUAUUCCAUCCAAUCUCACCCCUGGUUCUGGGCAAAGGAGACCUGAAGAAACUAUUGACUUUUAUGCCCCAUCUACAAGUCCAAUGGUACCAGAGAUACUUGUUCACUGUGUGCAAGAAAUUGAGAAAAGAGGGCUCUCUGAAGUUGGACUAUAUCGUGUUCCAGGUGCUGAACAUAGCAUCAAAGAACUAAAAGAAAAAUUUCUUCAUGGAAAGACACAAAAACUGCAUGACGAAAACGUCGAAAUACACGUUAUUUGUGGAGUGCUGAAAGACUUCCUUCGUGGACUUGCCGAGCCUAUCAUUACAUACAAACUAUGGCCUUCCUUCACUAAUGCAGCAGUUAAUCAAGUUGACGACGAUAGCAACAGCGCAUUGUACCAGGCAGUCAGCGAACUUCCUCAGGCCAACAGAGAUACAUUAGCAUUUAUCAUAAAACAUCUACAYAGAGUYUCGCAGUGCCCAGAAUGCAAAAUGCCUGUUACCAACCUCGCUAAAGUCUUUGGACCUACGAUAYUUGGUCAUUCUGCUCCGAYCGUCGAACCUAUAGAUAUGCUGAGAGAGGUCAAAAUUUUGCCUGUUGUCAUGGAAAAAUUAAUGCAAAUGCCUUSUGAUUACUGGAACCAGUUCUUGAGCGACAUCGAAAAUAUGCGGUCACCACCCUUCAACCCUAAAACUCAUCGUUCUGAUGGCACCCCCCUAACACCUGAAUGCCGACCAGUUCCGCAAAGCAUGCUCGGUCCGAUUUCGACUCCAAGAACUGCGACACGAURAUCAGCGGUGAAGAAGAAGGGUAGUUUUCUAUCUCGUACCCCCUUAACACCAAGGUUUGGCAGCAAGAGCAAACACCCAAGUAAAAGACCGACACAUUUCUUUGCUUCCCCAAUGCUGAAYUAAUCAUAUCCCCUACGUCGUCGUACCAGCGUCAAUAUAGAGAGAGACUUAUAUCUAAGCGAUCAAUUCAAUAUUUUAAUUUGUCUUUUCGUUUAUAUUUUUUUAAGCAUGCAAGGCCGCAUUUUAUACUGAAYCCACAAUUACAAAUCCUUCCUGAUUAACCAAAAACAACUGGGACUAAAUACUAAGUCGUAACGAAGACCCAUUUGUUUAUGAACCUUAUAUUAAAUGGUGUGGCAAUCAAUAGUUUGUAUAUUUUAACAGCUGAAUURGGUUUGAAUUUAUACAGUAUAGAGAUAAACUUUUUUUGUGUUGUAGCGUCAUGUUGUUCGUAUCCUCCGUAUAAUUCAAGUUUGUUGUGUUCGUGAUACUGAAAAGCAAAAAGAGAUUUUGAUCAGRACUGUUCUAAAGAGUCGUGGUUGUGAAAUUCACGACUGAAAUUAUGAUACUCUGAAGACCUUUUGCGGACGAUAACUGCAAUAAACCCUUAUUACACAGAAAUUGUACUUUAAUAUAAUAUCA